AUGGCAGCGAAAGACAUCCUUUUAUCCCUUGAUCUUGGUCUAAAAGACUGCUUUUACCGAAUUCGGCGCGAGGUUCAUCAUGGCAGCAAAGUCAUCUAUGUUGUCGUUAAAUCAUUGGACAUCAUCCCGGAAGAGUCCCAGACCUAUGGCCCUGCUGUGAUACGUGAGCUGUCAAAGCUGAACGUUUGGUACAGUGCAUGGAAUACUCUUACAGUCUUUAAGGAUGAGGGUGGUGUCCGAGGAGAGCCCGACACUUUCGAGCCACACGCCCUAUCAAAAAAACAGAUUCUUGGUGACUACGACUUGCUCAGUAUUUUUGAACUAAAGGUCAUUGAAUCGGUUAAAGUUCGAGUCUUCCGUGUUGAAUGGAAAGGCAGGAAGUGCUUCUUGAAGAUUGCUAGGUUUGGCUUUGAACUCGAUUGGCUAGCACAGGAGAUUAAAGUGUACCAUGCUCUAGCCCAGAACACACCUCCUAUAGCGCCAAGAAUCCUAGGGUACGCAUUCGAGGAGCCAUUCCAUCGAGUCGUUGGCUUUGUUUACGAGGAGAUCAUUGGGCGUCGUCCAGAGAUUAUGGAUCUCAAGACGUGCCAGAUAGCUCUACAACAACUUCACGAUCUCGACAUACUACAUGGGGACAUCAAUAGGGACAACAUGUUCAUCACACCGGAUGGAACAAAGUUUAUUGACUUUGAAGAUUCCUGCAUCGGUCCUAUGGGAAAUGGAGAAAGAUGGAAAGAGCAGAUGAGCAAUGAAACCCAAAGCCUGGCAGAAAAACUAUUGGAUGAAACUGGGAGAGGGCGUCCUUUGACACUGGGGAAUGGUGCAUCAUGA